UAAAAAAAAAUUUACCCAGAGUUCUCGCGAAAGAUCGCGAGAUCUCCCUUUUUCACAAAUCGCCAUUAUGGGUAAACCCAGGGGUUUGAAGACAGCUAGAAAGUGUGUCAACCACAGACGGGACCAGAAAUGGCACGAUAAUGACUACAAGAAAGCCCAUCUACCCUCAAGAUGGGUCAAGCCCUUCCAGGGGUCCUCCCACGCCAAGGGAAUUGUCUUGGAAAAAGUUGGAGUUGAGGCUAAGCAGCCAAACUCUGCCAUCAGAAAGUGUGUCAGAGUACAGCUCAUCAAGAACGGAAAGAAGAUCACAGCCUUCGUCCCUAACGACGGUUGUCUGAACUACGUAGAGGAAAACGAUGAGGUUUUGGUGGCUGGAUUCGGUAGAAAAGGUCACGCCGUCGGAGAUAUUCCCGGUGUCCGCUUCAAGAUCGUCAAAGUGGCCAACGUAUCACUCCUCGCUCUGUUCAAGGGAAAGAAAGAACGACCUAGGUCAUAAAUGUAUAUAAUGCUAAUAAAGAGUUUUUGAGGGAA